GCCUCUUCGACAGCCACUUUCAGGAGCCGUAGGAGAUUCCGUGAUUAGAAUGGGGAUGACCUAUUUACUAAGCGAAACAAGUCUACGAUCCUUGUGACGAUCUCAAUAUAUAAUCAUACCCCAUAUACUCUAACAUGCCACGCGUAAAACUAAAGACGAAGGCUGAAAACCUUGAACGAGUCCGUAAUAACCAACGCAAAUGUCGACAACGCAGGCGUGAUUAUGUGGCCGAGCUUGAAGGCAGGAUUGCCUCCUAUCAGGAAGCCGCCAUCCAAGCGAACCUGAGUUUUCAGGCUGAGGGAGAACAACUCCGCAUGGAAAACCAGGCGCUACGAACCUUAUUAGAUUCCAGUGGUGCGGAUCCCGUCGCUGUGGAGCAGUUUCUUGCAAAGAAGUGUCAAGAAGGGACGUCGAAAGAGAGACAAUUAGACCUUGUUGCGACAAAUCCAGGGUCGUUUUCUGUUGGGUUGGACACUGAUCCAACAACCUUACAGUUGUCAAAUACGAUUUCUGAAUUUGUUGGGUCUUCUACGACGGUUACGGAAUUUGCAGAUCCUGGACCGCUGGGUGUGCAGCUUCCACCUUCGCCAUUUACAGCAUUUGGUGACUCUUUUGGGCUCGCAAUGUCUAAUAUUUACAUGCCGAAUUUACAUGAAGGAGCGCCAGAACGUCAUCUGACCGACUUUCUAUCUGUGACUACCCAGAAUAUAUCUGGCUAUAUCCCGACAGGAUUAAUCGACGACGUUCUUCAAGAUACAACUCUUUGCACUGUUGCUAUCCAGAUUGUCAGUCUCUGUAACAAAAAGAAUUUAAACUUAUUGGAGCUGGAUAGUAAGCUUCGCCACGGGUAUAGAAACGCCAGGGCUCCGCUGGAAGGUUGUAGAGUUGAUAAUUGGGUUCUGCUGUCCGUGCUUGCCGAAAUCAUCCAUUAACUAGUUCCAGUGUUCGUUUACUAAUAGCACAAUAUUUGAUGUAAGAAGAACUACUCUCAUUAGGUCCCUGCUUUUGGUAUAGUCGUGUAUAUCUUUUUUACAAGAGAACUAGAUGACCAUAAAGUUAUAUUAGGCUAUGAGAAUAUACCUUAAUCAUUUAGAAAUACAUUCAAAAGCGAUGACACAUCA